AAAUUCGAGAUGAGACUACCGCCCAAUGUCCUUAGAAGAGACCGGUAUUCUUCUGUUGACCAAUACAAUCAUCCCUUGUUCGUAUCCCCUCGAGUUUUGGAGACUUAAUAGUCUAUCCGCGGCUACUGUAGUUGAUCCUGGUAACAGAAUUUCGUGCAUUUGCCAAAGUUUGAAGGCCCAGGAAGUCGGGGUCGGAUUUAUCAUGAUGAUAUCUAAAAUCGGACCCAUCUUGUUUCAUCAUUUAGUUGAGGUCUCAUUUUUGGACGUUCGGCGUUAAUGAGGCUAUAGACACCACCCAAAUGGCCCCCAGCGUUAUUUCUUCCAACACAUAAUCGAGCUGGUCAAUUCUGUAUUAUAAAGGUCGGUCGCCGGUACACUGGCUAAGACCUUUCGUCCUCAUUCAGCAUCAACAUCAUCUUUUGGCUUCUACGAAUUUCCUAUUGUCAACUCGCUUUAGAUUUCAAUUCUCAUAUCUGACUCCAUUCGUUUUCGUGUCAAGUAUUUCCUACGUUUCCUGCCGGCUGGUCUGCAAGUUUCUUUUACAUCUAAUACUUAAUUGACUCGUCAAUUGUUUCGACCCCUGGUUACUACCAAGUAGUACCGAUCUUUCAUAAACCCGUCUUCCUAGAAUGCCAAAGGAACAGCGUUCAUUCAAAGCUAUGGAUUACUAUCGAUCACCACCUCUCACCUCUAACAACCUCGUAUAUCCACCUAUCAACUCUCGACCCAUGGCCACACCAUACUAUGAACCACUGCAACACAGCUACCAGAAUAUGUCCAGCUAUGCAACAGGAGGUCCUGUACAACAACCUCCUUUACCACUUCCAACUCAACAUUAUGUCCAGAGUAGUCCAAUGCCACCUUCAAUUCGACCUUCAUCUGGAGCAUGGACACCUAUUGAUGAUCGAACUUUGAUAGCAGCACGGAAACAGGGAUUGAAUUGGCAACCUAUCCAGGCAACUUAUUUUCCAAACAAAUCGGCCAACGCCUGUCGAAAGCGCCAUGAACGUUUGAUGGAACGAAAGUCUAGUGAUGAUUGGGAUAACGUUAAAUCCGAGACCCUUGCGAAGCAUUAUAUGGAUAUGCGCAAAGAGAUUUGGUCCGAACUGGCUGCCGCUACUGGGGAGAAAUGGACUGUUGUGGAGCAAAAGAAGUGUAUGUCAACUGGUCUCAAAAAUAUGCAAACAUCUGCGCGAGCUUAUGCUCGCCGCGAACGUAUGAUGGAAGCAGGAGGACAAACUGGAAAUGCAACAUACUCGGACCACAAUGAUUAUGAAGUUCAUGAAGACAGCGGGAUUAGCAUCAAUCUCGACGGCGAUUAUGAUCGGGAUAAUGGCUCAGAAGCUUCUACUAAUGACCCGCUUAAUCAACAACAUUACUCAUAUGCACCACAAGUUCUCUCGGAUGGCCGACCGGAUGGAUAUCCACAGACAGACCGUAAUGAUGGCUACCCACAAUCGGACCGCAACGACGGCUACCCACAAACCGACCGAAGUCCAUACCACCAAGAUAACCGAGCGUCAUUUCACUCUCGUUUACCUUCUAUGGAUAUGGGUAUCGAUGCUAUCAUUAAUCAACCAUCUGGGCUUUAGUAGCUUGUCUCUAUCCUGUGAAUUUAAUUUCGAAUCGUUUCUAUAAUCUAUCGGAGAAAUAAGGGUCGGUACUAUGGGGGUCAAAUUUCUUAAGCUAUCUUUGGAAAAUGAUACCAGGCGUAAUUGAUUUUUUUUUCAACCAUGAGGAGGAGAAUUAUGAGCAUCCGGCGUUAGAGAGGGGAGUUUUUCAAAAUGCACUUAGUUACAAGUGCUUCACACAAUCAUUUCAAAGUUGGGGUGGAUUUCAUUUGUUGGUUGGGUUUUGCGACAUGAAUAUGACCUUUACGUAUCUAUCUUAUCAUGUCGUUGGGAAUGGAGUAAUUGGAAAGGUUUGGGAUUUGCAUGGUGGAAGUGGACAGGUUUGGUGGAAUCCUGUAUUAUUAGAUACAGAUUAAUACCACCAGAAGGCUAUUGAGUCUUCAUAAAAGAUUAAAUAUGAACACUAUUUAUC